AUGGUUGAAUGGUUGGGACUAGAGCGUCAAGCAAGUAGAAUAAGCACAAAGAGCUCAGCAGAUAGGCAACAGAUAGUUAACUCUUCUGGAACAGAAGAUUCUAUGAACAACACACCUCCAUAUUCUUUGAUGCAAAAGCAUAAGGAAAGACUCCUAUCUGUCGCCGAGGAGACCUUGGCAGAGUUUUUUCCAAAGGCUACAGGAACUGCUGUUGAUUGGGUGCAGAUACCCGGGAUGAAGCCUGGUCCGGAUUCGGUUGGGAUUGUUGCUAUUUCGCACACUUGUAGUGGAGUGGCAGCACGAGCCUGUGGUCUCGUUAGUUUAGAACCUAUGAAGAUUGCAGAAAUUCUCAAAGAUCGUCCAUCUUGGUUCCGAGAUUGCCGGAGCCUUGAAGUCGUCACCUCGUUUCCAGUUGGAAAAGGCGGGACAAUUGAGUUGGUGUACAUGCAGAUGUAUGCUCCCACCACAUUAGCUCCUGCGCGCGACUUUUGGACAUUGAGAUAUACUACGACAUUAGAAGAUGGUAGUCUCGUGGUCUGUGAGAGAUCCCUAUCUGGUUCUGGUGCUGGACCAAAUGCAUCUGCUGCCAACCAAUUCGUGAGAGCUGAGAUGCUGCCUAGUGGUUAUUUGGUUCGAUCAUGUGAAGGGGGAGGAUCCAUUAUCCACAUAGUUGAUCACCUGGAUCUGGAGGAUGAGCUUGUGUGCCUUGGGAUUCAGUUUAAGCUCUUGGAACCUAAUAAAGAUGGCCGGAUCUCUCUUAAUAACAUCAGAGUGUGGGAGGCUGAUCAGUGGGAGGAGAAGAUUUGUUGGGCUGAUAUGGAGCUGUUGGUUGUUGCGCUUGAGAGUUGGGUUGAUAACUCGGAGGCUGACCAGAUGCUGCUGAUGUUGGAGGGUGAUCAGUGGGAGGAGAAGAUUUGCUGGGCUGAUAUGGAGGGUGAGUGUGAAUGGGGUGGUGAAGAUGGGUUGGGUUGA